AAAUUUAUUCGAUUUUGAAGUGAACAGUUUUUCUGUUUCUUUGGAUUUAGAAUCGAUUCGAGGGACACGCAAUCAAGAUUUGGAACACUAACACCAAGGUAGACAACCUAUAAAUAUUCGAUAGAUCUCAGAGAUUUGUGUGAAAUUAUGCCUUUGGUUUCAAAGUAAGUCUGCUAAAUUUAGUGAUUUUGGAUGGUGGAUUAAUUUUUUUGGGCUACGUGUUUUUGGCAUGGGAUUGCCAUCCUUGUAUCUUUGGUUUUGGUGAAUUGAGGCAAGACUAUAGUUUCUUUUGGUCAUGCACAUCAAGUGCUCGAUCAAAUGCCUGUGUGGGGUUUAUGGAUUUUCAUGACAUACGGGGUUGUGACACAGUUUUUACAACACAAGUAUGGGGUGUUCUGUGAGGGUGAGAUGUCACAUGCUUUACAAUUGGAGGAUCUUUGGUAUUGUAUCAAAAUUCAGAUUUUUGUUAGCAAGGACAGCAGUAAAGAAGUAGGAAGGGGCAGCAUCACUAUGUAAGACUAAUUAUGCACAAGAACAAUACCAGGUUCACCCUCCACUUAAGGUUUAUUGCAUUUUUAUGUAUUGUUAUGUGCUGAAAUGGGAGACUACUUGUUCAUAAAAUGUAGCAGAUGAAUGCUCCAUCAGAAAUUGUUCUCUGGUAUCGGCCUUGACAGUUUUUGUUUUGAUGGUUGGGACACUUUGCUUUGUUUUGAGGUGUGAAUUUUACUUGUAUUAUGAAUUUAGGUACCUUUUGUACUUAUUUAAUAAAAUUAUUGAAUUACUAAAAAAAACAUAAUCCACAGGUGUCUUAAUAUUUAAGAAUAUAAGCUUUCAUAUUGUAUUAGAGGCACUAGGUUUUGUACAUUAAAAUGGGUGAAGAAGGGGGUUUGUGAAAAAGAACAAAGAGAGUGUUGUAUUAGAUAACUGUCAUCAAACAAACUAGGAAAUAGUUUAAUUAUUUUGAUACUAAUUAUCUUUAUCCUCAGAGAUCGAACCAAGGUUGAAUUCCAAGGUCUUGCUCACGGUUGAACCUUUGGCCUAGGCCUAGCUGGAAAUUACAGUUCUUAGUGCUCAGCACCCUUGACCUAGGUUGACAAUCUACUGGGAAUAUAAGUUGACACCACACCAUUGAAGCCCAACCUCAUGGCUAAACUAGGGAUGGCAUUAUGGCAAUAGGAUGAGGCAGUGGCUAAUACCUGCACCCUCCAAGGUAGGAUUGCAAACGAGACAAACCAUUGACGAGAAUAGAGCUCGAUGCUUACUUGAACUUAUGUAACUUUUUGAGUCAAACAUCAAGUUUGGUGAUGUUCGGCUCCAAAGUACCCAAGCUGAUUCAAGUAUAUAUACAUAUUAAUGUGAAAAUAAUUACUAUAUUAUAUU